AUGACAUAUACGAUUGAGACAUGUCAGGAUGAGAAAAAGCGAUUUAAGGGUACUAUUGUAAGGUUUGAAAAUGUGAUAAUGCUAUUGGAUCCUGGAUGGAACGGUGAGGGGAGUUAUGAGGAGUGUGAGGCAUUUUGGGAGAGGUAUAUUGGGGAGGUUGAUAUUUUGUUGAUUUCUCAGCCGACGAUUGAGUGUCUUGGGUCCUACUCCAUGAUGUAUAAGCAGUUUUUAACGCAUUUCAGCUCAAGAAUUCGAGUGUAUGGAACUUUGCCUGUUUCUAAUCUUGGGAGAGUGAAUACGGUGGACCUGCUUACGUCUGUUGGUAUAUUGGGUCCAUUUUCAAAUGCUGUGAUGGACUUGGGGGACGUGGAGCACUCGUUUGAUUGUAUCGAGUCUGUGAAGUAUUCGCAGACGGUUGAUUUGAAAAGCAAGUUUGAUGGGCUUUCGCUUGAAGCACAUAAUUCUGGGUAUGCGCCUGGAGGUACGAUCUGGACUAUCGUUACGUCAUCUGAAAGGAUCUUGUAUGCCCCCCGGUGGAAUCAUACGAGAGAUACGAUUUUGAACAGUGCCGAUUUGUUGGACAACAAGGGUAAUCCAACGAGUUCCAUGAUGCACCCGACGUCUGUGAUCACGAACAUUGAUAUAGUUGGAUCAACAGAACCACAAAGGAAAAGAUCAGAACAUUUUGUAGAUACUGUUAAGAGAGGCUUGCAGAUGAACAAUUCUUUGCUGAUACCAGUAGAAAUCGGAGGCAAGCUUUUGGAACUGUUCGUUAUUAUAAACAACUUUUUGUAUGAAAGUAUGAAAGAGGGCAAAAAGCAUGAUAUACCUAUUUUCUUAAUAUCACACUCGAAGGGCCGUUCACUCACGUAUGCCAAAUCUAUGCUAGAAUGGCUUUCAUCGCAAGUCAUCAAAACCUGGGAGUCUCGCGACAACAGAUCACCCUUUGACAUUGUCUCCAGGUUGAGAAUCGUACAGCCCGAAGAACUAGGUGGGUUUUCGGGACAAAAAAUAUGUCUUGUAUCGGAAGUAGAUGACAUAUUGUCGCAAACAUUGAAUAAACUCUGUACCAAGGAUAAGGUUACUAUUAUAUUGACGGAGAGGCACGCCAACAUGCCUGCUUUGCAUCCUCUACGCAAACUAAAUGAUAAAUGGCAGCAGGCUUUGAAAAGCGGAAGCAGAAGUGCUUUGGACGGAAAUCCAAUUAGCAUAUCAGAUACUAUGUCCUUGAGAAUCAUGAAGAAGAGUAUCAUGCCUAAAAAGGAGGCAGAUAAAGUACGGGAAACGAUCAAGGCACGUAACGAGGUUCGUGAAAAGCUUAUCCAAGAGUACACUGCAAAGGCGAAUGAUCUCAACCAGACAGCUGCAAUUCUUUUUGAUCCUGGAGAUGAAAGCAGUAGUGACGAAGAAGGUAUCGAAAUGAUGGAAUCUGUUGGAAAAAAGAAUGGUGCCUCCAGUGCUAAAAUCGAAAUUCCAGUCGAUAUUGUGCGCCAUGGUAGUAAUGACGACGAUAAGCACCUCUUCUUUCCAUUCCAUCCAGCAAAAAUUAAGUCAGAUGAUUAUGGUGAUGUGGUCGACGUAAAGAAAUUCCUUCCACAAGAGGAACCUUAUGAGACUGCACAAUCACUGAAAAGAUCACUCAAUAAUAGCAAUGAUUAUGAUGGUGACGAAGAUGACGAUACUUACGAGGUGCUCGACUCCCGAAUCAACAAAUCGAAAAAGAGAAAAGCUAAUUCUGGUAACGACAGUCAUAGUAGAAGAAAUAACGAAAAUAACGAUGAUAUAUCAUAUUUGGAUCCCUUAAAAAGCGAUAUAUACAAAAGAGCAGUGGUAGAAACAAAAGUUAAUAUCAGAUGUUCGCUAGUCUUUAUUGAUUUAACCAGUAUUGUCAAUGCACGUUCGAUAUCUAUCAUUUGGCCUGUGAUAAAACCAAGAAAGGUAGUCGUUUUGCCUUCUGUUACAAAUGUCGACACACAAGUGGUUGGUAACUUAGAAAGAAGAAAAGUUGAUGUUCUUGUCACUGCAUUCAAUGAACCAAAGGCAAUGGAUACUUCUGUCAGAGCUAUUGAUAUAUCUAUCGAUCCAUCUCUAGAUCAACUCUUGAACUGGCAAAGAAUCAGUAGAUCAUAUACUGUUGCGCAUGUGGUUGGUAGGCUACUUAAGGAAAAGGAUCCAAAACAUCCAAACCGUGAUAAAAUUACUCUACAGCCUCUAAAGAACCCAUUGGCUCUUCACUCAGGAAGUUCGUUAAGAAUUGGUGAUGUUAGAUUACCGGAGCUCAAAAGACGUUUAACUGCCGAGAACCAUAGGGCAGAAUUUCAAGGUGAGGGUACAUUGGUGAUUGAUGGGAAAGUUCUUGUUCGGAAAAUUAACGAUGCUGAAACCAUAGUAGAUGGCUCUCCGUCUGAUGUUUUCUACAAGGUGAAGUCUGCUGUCUCAGACAUGUUGGCCAACGUGUGA